GUGAUUCUAUUUACCGAUUGAAGGAAUAUAUUGAGGAUAUUGAGUUCAUGCCAUUCACUGUGAGAUGAUAGCACUUGCCAAUUCUGAAAAAUAUUGCAGAAAAACAGAAAUAUUACAUAAACAGAUAACAAUAAAUAUUAUUAACAUAGAAAGAAGGAAGGAACGCGAUUCUUAUUGAAUAAAUGGUAAUUAAGUUUAGUGUAAGAGUACAAUACGGAAUACUGUCUAUCGUUUAUGUUGCCAUAAUAUGGACAAGAUUGUAACCUAAACCGAGUAGGUUAUUUUCGUAAUUUCGUAGUGUUUAUUAAGAUGGCAAAAGAUCCAUCGAAUGAGAUUGUUCUAAGCUACUAUGACUGCCUACUAAGAGCCAGAGAUGUGGCCCUGCUUGAAGGACCUCAUUGGCUGAACGAUGUAAUAAUUGGAUUCUACUUUGAAUAUCUGGAUGAGAAAUUCAACAGCAAGGAUGGAAAGAAGGAGCUAUUUUUUGUCAGUCCUGAAUUAACGCAACUAUUAAAGAUGACAGAUCCUUCUCAGUACAACAUAUUCUUAGAUCCUCUGAAUAUAACUGAGAGCAAGUGCAUCUUCUUCCCUUUGAACAACUGCGAUAGGAAGGAUGCAGCUGGUGGAUCUCAUUGGAGUCUGCUAGUCUUUUGCAGACAGAGCAAAGCAUGCUACCACUUCGAUUCCUCGCGGGGUUACAAUAAGAGUGUUGCCUCGAAAUUUUCUAGAGAUAUAAUGAAUUGUAUACUUGGCUUGGAUAAAGCGAAUAAAAAGUUCAUUGACGUGGACUGUCCACAGCAGGACAAUGGUUACGAUUGUGGGAUAUUCGUUUUAUGUUUAACAGAUUUAAUUAUAGAGCACGUUGCGAAAACUGGGAAAGUCGAUGGCUGCAGCAUCAAUCGUGUUAAGGAAUUAACGUGCUCGAAGCGUAUGGAACUGUUGAACCUGAUAAAUAAUCUUAAACGCAAAUCUAGUUAAAAAUAUUCAUUGUAUACAAUGGAAUCUCUUGUAUCCAAAUUUAAAGAUAACUUGAGCAAGUUUAUUCUGCGGAUGUCUACCUCAGAAAUACUAUAGAAUAUCUUAACAUGCCCAAUAGAAGCAACAAACAUGUAUAUACCUAUUUUACAAGUUCUUCAUUAAUAAUUAUCAUAAUAUUUUGUUGUCAAUGUUAACAUUGAACAUUCCUAUUUAAUAUAAGUACAUGUACAAAGAA